GCUGGGGGGCGGGGAGGCAAGGCAAUGCCAGCCCCAGAACUGCAGGUGGAAGCCAGGCGUCUUGGCCCCCAGCCCCUGUAACCCCCUCCCGGGGCUGGGACACAACCCAGGCGUCCUGGCCGCAGCCCCUACACCCCACCCCCCGUCUCCCGGUGCCUGCCCGUUUGCACUCGCGUGUGCAAAAGCAGCAGCGCGUUUCUUGGGGACGCCAUAUCCUGCGACACAGACACAGGCGGGCGCACACACCCACCCCCAGGAGCGCCGCGCCCGGCAGAGGGCUAUGGAGGCAGAGCCGCCCACAUCCCCACCCCCCACUGGCCCCCCGGUGCCAGAGCCGCCAGCCCCAUCUGUGCCCCUGCCCCCGCAUCAGUGCACCCUCUGCCCACGCCGCUUUGCCCGGCCCCAUGGCCUCCGACAGCACCGGCGCCGGCAUCAUGAUGCACCUGGCCCCCCAGCGGGCACUGAGUGUGGGCACCAGUGCCAGGUCUGCGGGAAGCGGUUCAAGUUCCCUUACUACCUGGCACGGCACAGGCUUACCCAUGGCGGGCAUACGCCCUUCCAGUGCCCUCUAUGCCCCAAGGCCUUCCGCCGCCCAGCCCACCUCACCAGACAUGAACGCACCCACGCCCGCCAGCACCCUCCCCGCACACAGGUCAGGCACCAGGGUGAGGGGCAGGUGCCACCAGCAGGCGUUGACACUGAGGAGGAGGAGAAGCAAGUGCUGCUGCAGGAGGACUGGACCCUGUUGUGCCUGGCCUGUCAUGAGGCCUUCGAGACCAAGGGCGAGCUCAAGGCCCACCGGUGCUUCAAAGCCCAGGGCCAGGCAGGCCUGGGGCUGGGGGUACCAGGCUCCAGGCCACACCAAUGCGAUGUCUGCCACAAAUCCUUUGCUCGGCCCUGGUCCCUGUCACGCCACGCGCUGGUGCACACAGGUGAAAAGCCCUUUGCUUGCCCGGACUGUGAUAUGACCUUCCGCCUGCCCUCCUACCUCAAGCAGCACAGCCGUGUCCACCGUGCUGCCCCUACUGCCACUGCUGGGGGGCUGCCGCAACGGUGCUCAUGUGCUCCCAAGGGCUCCCAGCAGAUGGGGGAGCUGGCACUGAGGGGCCCAGAAGAGGAGGAAUCUGUGGCCAGGGAGCUGGAAGGACCCCGGAAGACACAUACAUGUGGGGUGUGUGGAAAGGCCUUCAAGAGCCGCUAUGACCUGGGCACACACAAGCUCAUUCACACAGGUGAGCUGCCCUACCCCUGUGCCCAGUGUGGAAAACGCUUCCGGCGCCCAUCCCACCUCACACAGCACCAGGUGACGCACACGGGGGCCCGCCCCUUCCAGUGUGUCCUGUGCCAGAGGGAGUUCAAGCGCCUGGCCGACUUGGCGCGCCACCGCCAGGUGCACCAGGGUGAUCGCCCGCACCGCUGUGCUCUGUGCCACAAGGCCUUCGCCCGUGCCUACAGCCUGCUGCGACACCAGCGUGGGCACCGCUCACCCCCGCCCGCCUCCCCCACUGCCUUCCUCAGCAGCUCCUGCUUCGACAGCCAGGAUGACUCAGCCUUCCGUGCCCACCACCCCAAUGAAGAGGAUGAGGAGGACAUGGACCAGGGGGACAUGGAGGGGGAAACUGCCAGGAGGGAGUCUGCUGGGAGGCUGUGAUUGCCAAGUGGGGCUGUGGCACCUGUGGCGGGGGGGGAGGGAUCAACUGUGCUUGAGGGUGCCUGAUCAGGGAGUGUGGGGGAGGAGGAAGCCCAGGGCUUGUAGGGCCUGGCUGGUUUUGGCAUAGCGCACCCAGAGUCAUGGGAAAGAGCCUCAUGCUAGACCCACUGAGGGUGGGGAGAUGGAACCAGGGUGGGGGGUACGGUGGGUGGGCACAUCACCUGCAGUCCCAAUGGGUGACACCGUGGGCACCCAAGGGAGAUGGCAGAGUGCGGGUUUGGGGUACAGGGCACUGUCAGCAAGGGAGGGAGGGGGUGGAGGCAGCUCCCGUCCACGUCCCGGCUCACACGAGCCCCGCAACCAGCUGCGUGCUGGGGCACACGGGCCCGGGGAGCGGAUCUGGGGCAGGGCACUGCGAGCGAAUGGGCCCACGGGGCUGGUGUGGGACGGGGAGGGAGGGUGGUCCUUUAGGGACUGUGACACUUCGCAAGGGAGACGAGGACCUCCCUGGGGUGGGGGUGGGGGGCAAGAUCAGGAGCUCUGGGGCCGCCCGCCCCCUCAGCCCUUGGCCGGCAGGGGGCGCCCCCGGGUCGCUGUGGCAGGCGGGCCACGUACGGGGCGAGCACGGACCCCCGGCACACAGCGGGGGUGGCCUGGACGGCAAAUAAACGGAGCCUCGGCCCCA